AUUCCAUCCUCUUUUAUGCAUCUUCAGAAACUAGAAUUGUGGUGGAUGGAUGAUUGCGUAAACCUACAAGUCAUUCCAGACCACCUGAACUUGGCUUCUCUUGGAAUUGUCGAAAUGAACGGAUGUUCAAAAUUGAGAAAGUUUCUGUUUAUUUCAACUACUUCACCGAGAUUGAGUAUAUGUGGGGACUCUUUUCGACAACGGCCGCCAUCAUCUGAUUGCAUCAAAGAUCUUCAUCAGCUAGAGCAACUCUCCCUUGAUGGAUGUAGAAGACUCGCAUCAUUGCCAGAGCUCCCUGGUUCGAUCAAAUCCUUAAAUGCGGAAGAUUGCGAAUCACUGGAGACCGUGUUUUGCCCUUUGAAUAGCAGUCCAAAUGCAGUACUCGAUUUCACCAACUGCUUCAAAUUAGGCCAACAAGCACGAAGAGAAAUUAUCCACCGUUCCUUGUCUUGUGAAUGGGUUAUCUUACCAGGAAAAAAAGUACCUGCCAAGUUUGAUCACCGAGCCAGAGGAAGUUCAUUGACCAUUAGAAUUCCCUAUGGUAACAAUCCUCUUUCUGCUGUAUCUAUAUUGAAGCUUUGCGUUGUGGUGUCACCUAACCAUCAAAUCAGCAAAAAAAGUAGACAUUCAGAAUACUUAGUGUGCCGCUGCAUAAGCAAAGGCGACCUAGACCCCGUUGUUGAGGAGUUUUGCGUAAGCUAUGUCUCCAGAUAUCGAUCUGAACAUCUACUUAUAUUUCACCCUCGCUUGCCAUUCAUCUUCCCCUCCGAAGUCAGCAGAGAGACAGUGUUCGAAUUCAGCAGCAAAUCUCACGAAUUCGACGUUAUUGAAUGUGGUGCCAAAGUGUUUGAAGACAAGAGCAUCCAAGGGAGCUAUGAAUCUGGAUCAGACCAAGUGUCUGAAGACCACAUUGAUUACCUCACUGAUGGGAGGUACGAAUCAUGUGAAGACGAUAUUAAUAGUCUGAUCGACGAGAGCCUUGAGUUGAACCCAGCGAAUCCUUUACAGGCGACACCGUAUGAAUCAAGUGAGGAGCGCGAAUGGAGUGAGGACGAAUACGAAUUGAGUGAACAGUACCGCCAAAGCAGACGACAAUUUCGAGCUCAGUGCCGCCGAAGAAGUGAAUCUCAACGGACGAUAGAGGAAUUUGAGAAAAAAAAGAUCCCGAAGUAAUACAG